GGCUUCUUUCUGAGCACCUGCACAAGUCUAUGUCUUUAGGUUUAAUAGCAUCCUGUCGCUUGGUUUUUCACGUCUUUCAGAGAGGAAAAGAAUCAUUUGCUGCUUUUCCUUCUCUUCGAAUUAUUAAUGUUCUGAGGCAUGUCUUGCACCAAGAAGAUCAUGCUCUGCUUCUGAAGUCCUAGUCCUGCAUCAUAUCUUUCAUUUUCAACCUCUUACGGCCUGCACUUUAUGAGGGAUCUUGAGUCUUUUGAUAGAUUCUCCACUUCAUACAGUAGAACUGAUCGCAAUCGAGAAAAUGAUCUGUCACAUGAUACAUUUUCUCGAAAUCGGAAUCUUGUCAAGCGAAUCAGUUCCAUAAAGAUCAUCCAAAAGUAAUACCAACGAAGUUCCGGGGAUUAUUAUGGUUACGCACGAAUCACCGCCGAAUCCGAUGCCAACCGCUUGGUGCCGAUUCAUUCCAUGUGAGAGCCGAUUCGAAGGCCCAGAUUUGAGUUCUUAUGGUUCUGGUUUACGAAACAACACCACAUUCUUUGAGCCCAUCGGUGCAGUACCAAGCAUCCAGUAUCUUGGGGAAAGAAUGCCAAGAUCAAUAAACCUUGUUCACAGUCCUGUAACAGCAGCUGAAUCCCAUAUCACCCACACCAGGCAUUUGAUGGAUCUUCUUGAAGCAGCGAAUGUGCCUAACGACCAAGCCCACAGCCUCACGCUCUCUCUCAAAUCUCCGUUGCUUGAACCUAAUACUGUCCAAUUCGGGCAUAGGCCCUUGAGCGGUGCAGAUUUCUACAGUUCAAGCUAUGUUGUCCCAGGGGAAUCAAGAGAAGCUUGCGAUGCAAGCAAUGACUCUGAGUUUGCUUCGUCCUUGGCUCCUCGGAACAGGCAGUGCCUCACUUCUUACCGGCCCGAUCUGGUUCCUUCCAAUGUUGGGAAUUCAAGAUACUUGAAGCCAGCUCAGUCCCUUUUGGAAGAAGUUGUUGGCAUCUGUGGGAGUGAUAGCGAGCUUGCCAAUGAGAAGUACUUGAGGAAGUUAUAUGGAGGAGCAGGAAGAAAAGCAGCUCUAGGGCUGGUUUCUGAAUUGAAGGAAGAAUUAGGCAAUAAUGGUCUCUCUGCAGAGAAACAUGAACUUCAAGCUAAACUUGCUAAGCUCGUUUCGUUACUGGAAGAGGUCGAAGAGAGAUUCACGAAAUACUACUUCCACAUGGAGGAGGUGGUAUUGUCGUUCGAAUCGGUGGCGGGUUUGGGAGCGGCAAAAUCCUACACUGCACUGGCCCUCCAAGCGAUGACUAGGCAUUUCUGCAAUUCGAGGGAUGCAAUAGUAUCUCAGAUUAAGAUCACAAGGAGAAAACUAUUUGACGAUUCUUCGAGAAUUAUCUCUGGACUUUCGCGGCUGAGCCUGUUCGAUCGAGAAUGUAGGCAAAAGCAGAGGAUUUCUCUCCAACAGCUUGGAUUGAUCCACAGUCAGAGGCAAGCUUGGAGGCCCAUCAGAGGGUUGCCAGAGACUUCUCUGGUGAUCCUUCGCUCGUGGCUCUUCGAACACUUCCUCCAUCCCUAUCCAAAUGACUCCGAAAAGCUUAUGUUGGCAUCACAAACAGGCCUCACCAAGAAUCAGGUUUCAAACUGGUUCAUUAAUGCCCGGGUUCGGUUGUGGAAGCCCAUGAUCGAGGAGAUGUACAAGGAGGAAUUUGCAGAUUCAUCGGAGGACUCGAAUCUUUUGAUCAGAGGUUCCAUAACCGACGAGGAUUCAACCAACCUCGAAGACGAAUGAAUUGAGAAUGGUAAUAGGAAACCGAAUUCCACGAGUAGAAAUCUGCUAAUUUGUCAUCAAAGUAUGGUCAGGGAAUGCCUUCAGGAUAUAAAUCAUGUAUGCCUUUCUGGGAAGCAUAAGCCGUUUCAUAGGCAUUCUGGUCUCAAAGUUGGCAGGACGCCUACUUAAUUCAGCAUGAAAGUAGGUCUAACGACCUUUUCUAUUCGAAUAGUAGCCUAUGUUUUUUUACGUCAGAAACUCAUCAUCCUUUAAAAUGCCAGUUUAUGGCUAUUUCUGAGUUAAAUGUCGAUUGUACAAGAAUUGGCAAAAAUACGAGAAACUUAGAGGGUUGAACUAAUACCCCGAUCGCAGUAAUGAAAUAAGAUUGAAUGUAAUAGCUAUUACGUUAUUUGGUUUAAGUAAUGAAAUGUGCGUUUAUUACA